CGCAGCAUCCGAUUGCCACGAAAAAAAGGGGAUAAUUACAAAUGUAGUGAAAUUAUUCAAGCAAAGCGACUGGCGAAUAACAAUUUGAAUUGCUCGCCAAAAUAUACAAAAAUUAUUCCCGCACCAGUUCGCUUGUUUUGUGCGCCGGAGCAAAGCUGCCGCAGCCGUCGAAUCCGAAUCGAGAGCAUUACGGAUGCGAUUUCGAAUCCGAAUCCGUGUGGCGACAGGACGAAAGUGCGGCCCAAUCGCCGUCAAAUUACGCUAGUGAAAAAAUCGUGCUGGGCCGCUGAAUUUCUGUGCAAUUAACGUGAGCGAUUGAAAGGAUCUGCCUGCUGCCAAAAACGCGACCGAUGAAAAUAGCGAGCCGUUCGCGUUCGUCCUGUGCGGCGGAAAGGAUGUGAAGGACACGGCGGCAGGAACUACAAGUGCAGCGCGAUGGCGCCCGCCACCAGCAGGAGCACCAGCAGCAGCACCACCACCACCACCAGUGGCAGUGGCACCAUAAUCCUUGAGAGCAGGAGCAGCGCCGCCGAUGCCGCCGCCCGAUGAAGGAUUGCAGCAUGGCCCGCACAUGCACAUGCACUGGCAGCAGCUCUAGCACACACACACCCACGGCUACGUUCACUGGCAGCAUAAAUAACGCAAGGACAUGGACGGCGCAACGAACGCGACGAGGACAAAGGCCCACGGCCUGUGACAGAAAUAAACGCCACCAUCGCCUCCUCGCCAGGAGCUAACCGACUAAAAAAAAAACGUGAACCCAGCACCAGCACCAGCACUUGCUCCACUCCCGUUGGCCCCCAGUGAUAUUAUUUUUAAUGCAAUCAAAGUGCUAAGUGAGUUUGCCAAAAAAGAAAAACAGAAAGCAGCAGAGACUACGAAACUAGAGUGCAGCCGUCGGGUCGGCUUGGGUCGUAACCCAAUUUGGGUAGUUUGUCCUUUGACAGCGUGAGUCGCGGCAGCCGGAAAGGACGAGCAGGAUUCAUAUGGACGACGGCAGGUGCAGCCCGCUUAGCCAGGUGAGCAGCAGCAGCAGCAGCGGCAGGAAAAGCCCUGCAAACUGUACCGCAAGCGGAGGCGACGCCACUGAACAAAGGAUCAACUCACCCAAUACUCGCCUAAAUGAAGAAUGAAGAAACAAAAUGUGCGCACGAUAUCCUUGAUCGUGUGUACAUUUACCUAUCUGCUUGUCGGCGCCGCCGUCUUUGACGCCCUCGAAUCGGAAACGGAAAAGCGUCGUUGGGAGGCGCUGCAAGAUGCCGAGGAUAUGAUAAUACGCAAAUACAAUAUCUCACAGGAGGACUUCAAAGUCAUGGAGACCGUGGUGCUCAAAUCGGAAUCGCACAAGGCCGGCCAGCAAUGGAAAUUCACCGGUGCAUUCUAUUAUGCAACCACGGUGCUAACCACCAUAGGCUACGGACACUCGACGCCCAGCACGGUGGGCGGGAAGCUCUUCACCAUGUGCUAUGCCAUCGUGGGAAUUCCCCUGGGUCUCGUUAUGUUCCAGAGCAUCGGAGAAAGAGUGAAUAGACUGAGCAGCUAUGUUAUCAAGGCGGUCCGCUCCUCGCUGCGCUGCAAGAGGACCGUCGCCUCGGAGGUGGACCUCAUCUGUGUUGUGACCACACUCAGUUCGCUGACGAUAGCUGGCGGUGCUGCGGCCUUUUCCAAAUUUGAGGGCUGGAGCUACUUCGAUUCAGUAUAUUACUGUUUUAUUACUUUAACCACUAUAGGCUUUGGCGACAUGGUAGCCCUGCAGCGGGACAAUGCACUGAACCGGAAGCCCGAGUACGUGAUGUUCGCACUGAUAUUUAUACUAUUUGGCCUGGCCAUCGUGGCCGCCUCGCUGAACUUGUUAGUACUUAGGUUUGUUACGAUGAAUACCGAGGAUGAGCGACGCGACGAGGCCCAGGCCAUGCAGGCGCUGCAAGUGGCUGUGAAGCUGGAGGGCGAUGUGAUAACAUCCAACGGAUCCAUUCUGAGCGGCUACGAGGGACACGAUGGCCAAUCUCUGAACGGAAGCAACACCUCGUCCAUGUGCUCGUGCCACUGCAUCUGCCUCAAUGGCAACCGGCUCAAAAAAAGUAGCAACUUGGGAAAGAACAACGAUGCAGAAAAUCAAUACAAGCUGAGGCGAUCGCCGACGCACAUACGACAACUUCUGCCGGAGGUGGUGCCCAUGCAGGAUUUGAACUACGACUACGACACGCAGAGCCUGCACACACUGGCCGAUCGUGGGACCAUGGACAGCAGCUACAUGGGCGUGGACAUGGCGGACAUGGGGGAUACGGCCAGCAUGGAGCUGCGGACACACACGUUGCUCAAGCGCAAUGUCUCACUGCUGUCCAUACGCAUCUAGGCGGCGAUGGAAGGAUUGGCGGGUACCGGGAACAACGAAGUGGCCGAAAGUGAUAACAAGGCUCUAAUAGUACUUAAAUACUUAUGGUAGAUUCGCAGCUGACGAUUGAUUGUUGGAUUGAUUGUGUAGGCUCCUCCCGCGACUUGGACACGCCAUGUGUGUGCAUUUACAAUGUGAACUAGUGCAUAAAUCUAUACAACAUGUAGUCGGCCUGAUAGAGAGACUAAACCUAUAUUAUAUAUACAACACUUACAACUAGGGCACUAUACAAUUGAAUGUAAACCACUGCCACUUCCGAGCGAUAGAACCUAGAGUUUAUGGAACGGCAACACUCACUCGUAGUCUUUGUAUCUCAACGCCAGUCAAACAUACGACAUGUAGACCAACCCAAUAGAUUCGGAUAACCUCGAGCUGAAAUCAACCUGUAUUAGGUGCGUUUAUACUUCCAUAUCGUUUGGAUUUCCCGAGGGAACCAUUGCAUUGCAUUCCCUCAAAGCCUUUCAACAUUCAAGUGAACUGCCGCCACCUCUUCUUAAGUAUUUUAAAUGAAAAAGCUGUCCAGCUUUUUCCAAAAGAAGUCGCGCGAAUGGUUUCAAAACUAAUUUGCAUAUAAACGCAUAGGCCAAAGUAACGCAAUUUAAGUGUCAAAUUAACACUCUGUACAUACUCUAUAGCCGAUUAAUUUUAGAUAACGUUUGAAAAUCCAUUUUAUUCAGACUCACUAAGAUUACGUACGAUAUCUGUUCACACGACUAGUUAGUGGCCACAGCCAAGCCAACAUUCUCGAUCCAACCAAGUGUCAAAGUACUUAGCUGAACCUUCAAGUGACUCCACGAUGUGCCAAAUAAGCCGGCGGUACGUGCAACACAUAUGUUGGCACUAUGACGUGCGGAUCGUACAGAUACUAUAUAUACAAAUAUAUAGAUACACCGUCUCAGACCCCCAAGACCUACCCCUGUCGCAUUUAUGCAAAGAAUGCAUUUAGUUGUAGUUGUAGAUAAUGUCGAAGCGAGCUCCCCAGAAACUUACUCAGUUUUUAAGCAUUGUGUUUUACGGCAUUCGCAUUUAAAAUAGGAUUUUCGAUUAUCUGUUCUACUCCGUAGUUAGUCGGUGCGAUUUGCAAGGCCCAUUGCCCAUUGCCCGUUUACCCAUUAUUGCUCACUCGAGACGUCAAACGCUUGGAAAGAAAAAUCUCUUUUAUCCCUAUGUGCUUUGUAUAUAAUAGUGUACUUAAUUCGUACAAGUAAUUACUUUAAAAACAAAACAAAAACUAUAUAUAUUGUUAGAACCAAAACUUUGUCAGUUUAAAAAACUUAGUUAUGCAUUUGAUUUUAGAUUGCUAAUUCAUUUUCAAAUUUUAACUAUUUAACUAGGAUAUAUUUCAGCCAAUGAGGUGUCAAAAUGAUCAUUGGCAUUCUUUAAAUUCAAGAUAAAUAAAAUCAAAUGAAAUUGUAAUUUUAAUUCAGGCAAAUAAUGCGAAAUAGUGAAACUAAGACUUUGUAAUAUACUUAUAUUCCGAAAUUACGACAAAAAAGAAAAACAAUAAACUAACUUUAUAUGAUUAAAAGCAAA